AUCAGAACAUCCCGUGCGAAGUCGACAGAGUAAUAAAAAAAUGUUCAAACUUACGUUUAUUGUGUCCGUCAUGAUCUUAGGCACCCUCAUCUAUGCCAACUACCAUAACGUGGACUGCAACUCAUGCGGUGAAGAAUGCAAGCGCGCCUGCGGCACCAAGCAGUUCAAGGUCUGCUGCUACAACUACUUGAGGAAGAAGCGAGUCCCCGAUACCGUUAUGGUGUUGUCGCCAGUUCCCAGCAUGAGAAGGAUUAACUUUCCCUUCUUCAUGGACAACAUGCCGCAAGACGCCGUGGAAGCUGUCGAUCAGUACAAAUACUACCCUAACGAUGACUCGUUCGACAUGCGACUUAUUAACGAUUUCUAAAUAAUUUUAACAACGCUGUAAUACCACAUAGACACUUCCAGUAAAAUUUGCAGUAGGUAUCAAUUAAACUGAAAAUAACAAUGAUAUACACUUUAAGAAAGUGCAAUGGUGUCAUGAAUUAAUAUUAAUUUGCCCCUGUUAGAUACGUAAUUAUAAAGUAAAGGGCGGUUAGUGAUUACUGGAUUCAUUUAAUAAAUAUUACUUCGAUUCAGUAACAAGCUACUGAGUAUAUAUAGCUGCAAAUAUGAAAAAAGAAGAUAUAGGAGUAUCACAAACAAUUCUUGGAAGUGUCGUGUUUCAACGCCCCCUCAGUCAAUUUGCCACGUCGAGUGUAAUGUUUAGAAUAAGGCACAAAAGUUUUCGUCAACACGGCUGGUGUUAGACGCAAACCUAAAUAAUUAUUUCGUGUAAAUAAAAUUUCU